GAAUUACGAGAGGAUCGAAUGAUUUCCCUUCGGAGCCUUAAUUCGAGGCUGCCACGAGUGGAUCGUUGGAAAAUCUCGAGCCGAGAGAUUGCCAGGAGCCUCGAGAGACGGAUGGGCGUAGGAUCGAAACCGUCGAGCGUCAUGAAGAAAAACUGGCCCCCGUGUUUCCGGUGCACGUGACGAACAGACGCCGUUCUCCCUAUCAAUUUCGUGAAGUCCUCGUGGCACGGACGCGAGUGGGGCUGCCGCUAUAAAGUCUCUGGGAACACGAGGACAUUCCUCUAGAUCGCAGCCGAUCCGGAUGAAGGGACUUCGAGGGCUCGCCGGCACCUGGGCGACGAUCUGGCUGCUCUGCGGGUUCACGCCGUGGAUCCGCGGAAAAAUGAUUCCCGAGGACUUUGAGGAAAAGCUGACAGCGCUCUCGAAAGUGGUCGAUUAUAUUCACGAGAGGCCGGAUCAAAUGAACGCCGACGCCACCUUCUCUAUCACUAUCGUCGAAGCCAACAUAGCGGCCACGCUUAUGCACAGAAACGCGCGACAGCUCGAUAACGGAUACUGGGAAACGUUGACGAGGAUCUUGAAGCUCUGCGACGCGAUACGACGAUACCUGCUCGACACCCUCGUCCCGGAGAACAAGGACGUGCAAUUGUUGCACCACGCGUUGAAUAAUCCUGUUCUCUGGCUGCGACCCAUAUUCUGGCAAGAUGGCGGCGUGGACAGAGGCAGACCGACGCCCGAUAUUACUUAUCAGGAUAUCAGCGAACUGAUAAUGCAGGGAACGCCCAAGGAAGAGGAGAGCGACCGAUGUCUCGGCGAAAUCGUUUCGAACGGACUGAACUAUCGAUAUCGAAUGCCCGAUACGUGCAAUCAGAUUCUAAUGAGACGGGACUUAACCAGAGGGUAUCCUCUGACUCACAGGCUGCUGAUCGUCCAAGUGGCGAAGACGCUGAGGUGCGAGUACGGUUUGCCGAUACGUUCUUCCGAUUUGGUGGCUUCUUACUGUUCAUCGAUCCUUCAGGAUCUGGUUGACAUCGAGGCAGCUGGAUUUCCUUACCAGACGCCGGACUUGAUGAUGGAACAAGUUCUUCUGUGCGGAAUGGAAGGCUUCCUCGAGUUCACCGGCGGCCAUUUUGAACGGCUCGUGCUGCGCUGGGCGCAUCCGAGCGGAUGCUUUAGUUCCUUUGGAAACGAGCUCCAGUCUCGAGUGAUGCGACGAGCUUCGACACCGACGGACUUCGGUUGCGACAGCCAUGCCACCGGCCUCGCAGCCGCAACUCUUUCGCUGUUCAUCCGCGAGAACGUGGAAAACGCAUUCAAAUAGCUGAAUAAAAGUUCUCGCGAGCGAUCGCGAAUAUACCUCGCCUUUACCUCCACGUUCGAAUUCCUCUCCGCUGACGUAAAUCCGAGGAUAACUCUCUUACUCGGUAUUCCAUUAAUUUCAUUCAUUUAUUGAGAAACAGCCUUACAUAAUAUUUGUACUUUGCCGUUUAGUAGCAGCUUCGUAGUAGCAGCGGUAAAUAAUGAAACACUUCGAGCAACAUAAGCGUUCGUUUGCUAUAUCAGACUUGAAUCAUCUUCGAAGAAUCGCUUCUUUGUUUUUCUUUACAAAAUAAAGUCUUAUCUGUACGCCGAUGAA